GUAUAUGCAGUCGUAUCUGGAAGAAAAGGAGCCAUAAUUUCAGAAGACAUUGAGUAUGGAACAACAUUUUAUAGUCCAAAAGCUAAAUUACCAAUAAUUGAAUCAUUUGGAUUUGAUGAUGAAUUAAUGUCAAAAACAUCUGGAAUUGCUUUACCACAAUCGAUCUUUGAUGGGUUUUUUAAAAUUGAUCAAGAUCCA